AUGGUUUUGGCUAAAUCCAAGAAGUCCGUGGGACUGGGCGCCAGUCUCAUGAACGAUCGGUUCGGAAAGGGCAAAGCAUCGGCUCAGAAGAAGGCCUCUCACAACAAUGCCAUCCAGCGCACAGGCGUCAAUGGCGAAACCUACGUCACCAACGAGGCCAAGGAGGCCUCUUGGGUCAAGAUGCGUAGUAUCACUGAGCAGGCUGCGCUCGACGAGUUCUUGAGCACUGCCGAGUUGGCCGGAACCGACUUUACGGCUGAAAAAAUCAAUAACGUCAAGAUCAUCCACUCCGACCAGAAGAACCCCUUCCUUCUCACACCCACCGAAGAAAGAAAUGCCUAUUUGAAGCAGCAGAAGAAUAAGGACCGCCUCACUGUGCCUCGACGACCACAGUGGGACCAGAACACCACUCGAAAUCAACUUGAGACGAUGGAGAAACAAAGUCUGCUGGAAUGGCGACGAGGAUUGGCAGAGUUGGUGGAGAGUCACGAUUUGCUGAUGACUCCCUUCGAGCGCAAUUUGGAGGUCUGGCGCCAGUUGUGGCGUGUCAUUGAGCGGUCCGAUCUUAUUGUGCAGAUUGUCGAUGCACGAAACCCGCUGCAGUUCCGUUCAGAGGAUUUGGAGAACUACGUCAAGGAGAUUGACCCUCGGAAGAAGAACUUGCUGCUGGUCAACAAGGCAGAUAUGUUGACUCUGAAGCAGAGAGAAGCAUGGGCCCACUAUUUCGAGACCAACAAGAUCAACUUCCGUUUCUUCUCUGCUCACCUCGCCAAGGAAAAGAACGAGGCCCUUCUUGCUUUGCAGGAGCAAGAAAAUGACUCUGAUGACUCUGAUGUUGAAUCCGAUGAUGAACUUGCUCAGUCAACGCAGAAGAUGAACGUCAACGGACACCCCGAGGAAGAUGACGGAUACCAGAAGGAGGACACAACACGGAAGAACUGGAACUGCUCUCUUUUGGCCAACUCCCCGGAGACACUACCGCAAACCGCCGAGGAUGGCGAGGAGCCCAAAAGGAAGACUACCAUCGGCCUGGUCGGAUAUCCCAACGUGGGUAAGUCCAGUACCAUCAACGCCCUUCUCGGCGCAAAGAAGGUCUCCGUCUCCGCCACACCCGGAAAGACAAAGCACUUCCAAACCCUCUAUCUCUCCCCGGAGAUCAUGCUGUGCGAUUGUCCCGGUCUCGUAUUCCCCAACUUCGCCACCACCAAAGCCGAGCUAGUCGUCAACGGCGUGUUGCCCAUCGACCAGCAGCGCGAGUUCACCGGCCCCGCCGGCAUCGUCGCCAAGCGAAUCCCCAAGCACUUCAUCGAGCAAGUCUACGGCGUGAAACUCAGGAUGCGCCCCAUCGAAGAGGGCGGCACCGGAAUCCCCACCGCCAGCGAGAUUCUCCGCGCCUACGCGCGAGCCCGUGGUUUCUCCACCCAGGGUAUGGGCCAGCCCGACGAGUCGCGCGCCGCCCGAUACGUCCUCAAGGACUACGUCAACGGCAAGCUCCUCUGGGUCAACCCACCCCCAGUCGCCGAGGGCGAAACCCCAAUCGAUCCCACCGAGUUCAACGACGAGCUCUACGACGUCAGCCAUCUCCCCGAGCGACGCCGUGCCCAGCUCACACAAGCCCGCAUCGGCAAGCCCGUCGGACCCGACGAGCUCGCUGGUGACCUUAACGCAGAUAUCCCCGGCCCAUCUGCGCCUGCUACUGAGCCCGAGCUCGGCCGCACAUCCCGUAACCUCGACACCGGCUUCUUCGGGUCAGAAACCGGCCCCUCUGCUGGUCGUCUGACCCUCCCCUUCCAGUCCCGCUAUACACAGCAGGGACAGGAGAUGCGCAAGGCGCCUACGGGCCGCAAGGAGCGUAUGAUGGUUGCGCUUGAGCGUGGCGUGGACGUUUCUGAGGUUCGGGGCGGAAAUCCCAAGAAGCAUUUCAAGUCCAAUAAGCGUCAGGCUAAAGGCAAGCGCAACAACCCUGAUUAUGAUGACUACUAA